AUGGAGGAACGAGAAGUAUGGUUUCGUCUUGUCGAUCAGGACGGUGUGGCGUACAAGGAAACAAAUGCUGAUGCAGUUGAUCUCUCUCCUUCGAGUACGAUACGUCGCUUAAGAGAUGCUGUACAUGCGAAAAACGCUGGCAUUCUUCAAGGAAUUGUUCCCGCCCAACUGCUCGUCUACACCAACACGGCAGCACUGAAUGCGAAUACUGCGGAUAAUCCCACCAGUCUCAACUCUUCGCGUUCGUUGGAAGAAAGCGAGGAAGCAGAGAAUGAAGAUGGUCUUAGUCUUGGAGCAGAUGAAGCUCAUGCUCUGUUAGUUGUGGUUCCGAAGCAAUACGAUAUGAAUCCUUCCUACUUCAUCGAACCCAGUAUUCAACGCAAUGUCAAGAAUUCCAUUUUUCGCAUUAUGGAUACAGCAAAUGCCAACAAGGCUAUUGCAAUGGUGAGUGUACGAGCAACAAAUAAUGACCAAGAAGUGGUUAUCCAGCUUCGCGUAGUCUAUCGUAAUACUGGUUUGGACUUCGCCAUUCUGCAAUCAAACCAUCAACGGCCUUUUAUGAAGCCAUGGCCUGGAAAUCCGGUCAACUUGCGAGGGUGUAAUCUGGUUUUGGCAUCGUUCCGAAUUGAUAUGGAUCCAUAUCAAUUAAUGUACCAGAACGAAGUUGGAUUCACUCCGGCAUCUGGCGUUACAGUAAGCAGUGAUCAAAGUCACUUGCUAUAUUGGUGUGCUACCUUCGCCGGUGAUUCUGGUGCAGCAUUGGUCAUGAAGGGCGAAUAUCUUGUGGGAAUCCAUGAAGAAGUGAUAAACGCGUUGCCGGAACAUUCUAAAUCAGGAACACGAAGUUCAAAAAGGCGCAAAAUUGAUUUUGCACGUGCAGUAACGGUCGGAGGUUUAGCUCAAAUUUGUUCGGCACUCUUAGUGCAUACUUUCGUGAAUGCAUUUAACCCUUGA